UAUAAGCAGUUCUCUGCCUGGCUCUGCUCCCCACACUCCAAAACAUCACCUCUCCCAUUCCCAAACUGAGUCGCCGCCUCACCGAGCUAGAGAAUUAAAGAUUCUUCCAAGAUUCUAGCACCUCUCGAGAGCCUUCUCCCAAUGGCCAAGCACAGUGCGCUCCUCCUGCUACUGAUGGUGCUCGCCGUAACCAUGGGCGCCGCGCCAUCAGCGGCGUUCCUGGUCCAGCCACAGCCGAACCUCCUCACGUACCACAACGGCGCGGUGCUGAGCGGCGACAUCCCCGUAUCCAUCCUCUGGUACGGCCGCUUCACGCCGGCGCAGAAGGCCGUCGUCUCCGACUUCCUCCUCUCCCUCUCCGCCGCGCCCGCGCCGCGGGGGGCGCCGCCGUCCCCCGCCCCGUCCGUCGCCCAGUGGUGGAGCAGCAUCAACCGGCUCUACCUCUCCAAGGCGGCGGCCGUCAGCAAGAACGGCGCACACGGCGGCGCCGCCGUGGCCAGGAGCGCGCGGGUCGUCCUGUCGCGCCAGGUCUCCGACGAGGGGUGCUCGCUGGGGAAGAGCCUGAAGCUGUCCCAGCUCCCGGCGCUGGCAGCCAGGGCGCGUGGCCCUGCGAAGGCGUCCGGCGGCGGCGGCGGCGGCAUCGCGCUGGUGCUCACGGCGCGGGACGUGGCGGUGGAGGGCUUCUGCAUGAGCCGGUGCGGGCACCACGGGUCGGACCCGCGGUCCCGGGCGGCGUACGCGUGGGUGGGGAACCCCGCCGACCAGUGUCCGGGGCAGUGCGCGUGGCCGUUCCACCAGCCGGCGUACGGGCCCCAGGCGCCGCCGCUGGUGCCGCCCAGCGGGGACGCCGGCAUGGACGGCGUGGUGAUCAACGUGGCCACCGUGGUGGCCGGCGCGGUCACCAACCCGUUCGGGGACGGGUUCUACCAGGGCGACCGCGGCGCGCCGCUGGAGGCCGCCACGGCGUGCGCGGGGGUGUACGGCAGGGGCGCCUACCCCGGGUACGCCGGGGAGCUGCUCGUGGACAAGGCGACGGGCGCCAGCUACAACGCGCACGGCGCGAGGGGGAGGAAGUACCUGCUGCCGGCGCUGUUCGACCCCGACACGUCGGCGUGCUCCACGCUGGUGUAGCCGCCGUGGACCGGAUAGAGACGAAGUGACGUCGACGGAUAAAAAAGCUUUUAAAUGUUGUUGCUGGGUGUAAAUACUGUAGAGUAUGUACAGUGAGUAUCAUCGUACGUAACGUGCCGGGCAGUCCCAGUCUAAAUAAGGACGUGUAAAGUUUUGUUGUAUAUAUCGUGUAUUCGUGUGCCACAGUUCUUGCAUUGCA